CUGAAUCCUAACCCUGUCUCCCAUAGAUUCUUGUGAAUUGAUGGUUGGCGGGGAUAGGGUUCGGAAUUCGCCAUCCAAACAAAUCCGCGCGGAGAUCCGACAGUUUGUGUAUACGCAUGCGUUUCUUCCUUAAGGUUGCCAAUGGUCAAGGUGGACAGCACCAAAACGUGUGGAACCCGGAUUGAGCCCGACUCUCUCGACUCCGAGUGCGUCGACGGCCUCAUGAUGCUGGGGGACGCGAACGACAAGGAGGAUAGGAACACCAGCUUGCACAGCGUGUGCAAGGCCUAUCAGAGCGCGGACGCGUACAGCCCCGAGCAGGUCAGCCGUCCGAAGGCCCUCGACUUCAUCAGCCUGCUGCGUAAGCACGGCGUCGGCACCGUGGUGCGCACGAAUGCCAGCAACGAGGAGGGCCUCAGGGAGGUCGGAGGAAGCUACGACCCCGCGGCCCUGAGAGAGCAGAGCAUCCACCACCUGGACUUUUUCGUGAAGGACGUCAACGGCGGCAUCCCGCCGCCUCGCCUCAUCAUGUCCUUCCUAAAAACCUGCAGGAGAUGGACCGCACCGCGCUGCGGGGCGACGCCGGGAGCCAGCCGGCCGCGGAGGGCGAGGCGCGGGUGCCGACUCCCGUCUCGGGGGGCAGCCGGAGCAGCCCGGCCUCGGAGGAGAGGCUCCGGCGCCUGCCGUCGUGGUGCACUGCAAGAGCGGCUUCGGCCGCAGCAUGCUGUUCGCCUGCCUGCUGGUCAUCCACAAGUGCGACGUGCCGGGUCGCGCCCUGCUCGGCUGGGCACGGAUGAUGGUGCGGCCAGGCGCGUUCACGGUGCCGGAGCAGGA